GCCGGUGGAGACAGGUAGGGAGGCGGAGGGACGGGAAGCCUGCGAACGCCCAGCGGCUGGGGCAGCGCACCCCGGGGAUUCUGCAGGAAAUUGCUCGCCUGGCUCACGGCGACUGCGGUGUCGGAGAAAGUGGGGGACCGCAGAGGAGACCCGCCCCGGCUCGCUCUCCCGAGGCUGAGAUGCGGCUGCUCCUGCUCGUGCCACUGCUGCUCGCUCCAGCGCCCGGGUCCUCGGCUCCCAAAGUGAGGCGGCAGAGUGACACCUGGGGACCUUGGGGCCAGUGGAGCCCCUGCAGCCGGACCUGUGGAGGGGGCAUCAGCUUCCAGGAGCGCCCCUGCUACUCCCAGAGGAGAGAUGGAGGCUCCAGCUGCGUGGGCCCCGCCCGGAGCCACCGCUCUUGUCGCACGGAGCAGAGCUGCCCCGACGGCGCCCGUGAUUUCCGGGCCGAGCAGUGCGCAGAGUUCGAUGGCGUGGAGUUCCAGGGGCGGCGGUACCGGUGGCUGCCCUAUUACGGCGCCCCAAACAAGUGUGAACUGAACUGCAUUCCCAAGGGAGAGAACUUCUACUACAAGCACAGGGAGGCCGUGGUCGAUGGGACACCCUGCGAGCCUGGCAAGAGGGACAUGUGUGUGGACGGCCGCUGCCGGGCUGUCGGCUGUGACCACCAGCUGGACUCGUCCAAGCAGGAGGACAAGUGUCUGCAGUGCGGGGGUGACGGCACGACCUGCUACCCCGUCACAGGCACCUUUGACGCUAAUGACCUCAGCCGAGGCUACAACCAAAUCCUCAUAGUUCCCGUGGGUGCCACCAGCAUCCUCAUCGAGGAGGCUGCUGCCAGCAGGAACUUUCUGGCCGUGAAGAAUGUUCAUGGGGAAUACUACCUCAAUGGGCACUGGACCAUCGAGGCGGCCCGGGCCCUGCCAGCAGCUAGCACCAUCCUGCAUUACGAGCGGGGUGCUGAGGGGGACCUUGCCCCGGAGCGGCUCCAUGCCCGGGGCCCCACCUCGGAGCCCCUGGUCAUUGAGCUCAUCAGUCAGGAGCCCAACCCCGGCGUGCACUACGAGUACCACCUGCCUCUGCGCCACCCCGUCCCCGGCUUCAGCUGGAGCCACGGUUCCUGGAGUGACUGCAGCGUGGAGUGUGGUGGAGGUCACCAGUCCCGCCGGGUGUUCUGUACCAUUGACCACGAGGCCUACCCGGACCACAUGUGCCAGCGCCAGCCACGGCCGGCCAACCGCCGCUCCUGCAACCUUCACCCUUGCCCGGAGACCAAGCGGACCUCUUACCUGCACCGGCCUGGAGCGUGGCACCUUGCUGGGGCCCGGCGAGUAUGUGGGAACAGCUGGAAGGCAGGGCCGUGGGGGUCCUGCUCGGCCUCCUGCGGAGGAGGCUCCCAGUCCCGCUUGGUGUACUGCAUCUCGUCUGACGGGGCUGGUGUCCAGGAGGCCGUGGAGGAGGCCGAGUGUGCCGGGCUGCCUGGGAAGCCCCCUGCCGUGCAGGCCUGCAGCCUGCAGCGCUGCGCUGCCUGGAGCCCAGAGCCCUGGGGAGAGUGUUCUGUCAGCUGCGGUAUCGGCGUCCGGAGGCGGAGUGUCACCUGCCGGGGUGACGGGGGUUCUUUGCUCCAUACUGCAGCAUGCCCUUUGGAAGACCGGCCACCUCUCACUGAGCCCUGUGUGCAGGAGGACUGCCCCCUCCUCAGUGACCAGGCCUGGCAUGUUGGCGCCUGGGGUCUAUGCUCCAAGAGCUGCAGCUCGGGCACUCGGAGGCGACAGGUCAUCUGUGCCAUUGGGCCGCCCAGCCACUGUGUCAGCCUGCAGCACUCCAAGCCUGUGGACGUGGAGCCUUGUAACACGCAGCCCUGUCAUCUUCCCCAGGAGGACCCCAGCAUGCAGGAUGUGCACAACCCCACCAGCAGCCCCCAGAUGCCUUUGGGCCGUCGGGAGUCCCCUGCCUCAGACUCCAGAGGCCAGUGGUGGACAGCCCAAGAACACCCCUCAGCCCGGGGUGACCCCAGAGGUGACCAGGGUACCCACCUGUCAGCCCUGGGCCCCGCUCCCUCUCUGCAGCAGUCCUCAUACCAGCAACCCCUGCAGUCUGCCUCAGGGCCCCAUGACUGCAGACACAGUCCUCAUGGCUGCUGCCCCGAUGGCCACACAGUGUCUCUCGGGCCACAGUGGCAAGGCUGCCCUGCAGCCGCCUGUCAGCAGAGCAGGUACGGGUGCUGCCCUGAUGGCGUAUCUGUUGCUGAGGGGCCCCAUCAUGCUGGCUGCACAAGGUCAUAUGGUGGAGACAGCGCUGGGAACAGGCCCAGGUCAAGGGCAGUGGCUUCUACAGUCCACCACACCCACCGGCCCCAGGCCCAGCAGAAUGAGCCCACUGAGUGCCGGGGCUCCCAGUUUGGCUGUUGCUAUGACAACGUGGCCUCUGCAGCUGGUCCUCUUGGGGAAGGCUGUGUGGGCCAGCCUAGUCAUGCCUAUCCCGUGCGGUGCCUGCUGCCCAGCGCCCACGGCUCUUGUGCCGACUGGGCUGCCCGCUGGUACUUCGUCGCCUCUGUGGGCCGAUGUAACCGCUUCUGGUAUGGCGGCUGUCAUGGCAAUGCCAAUAACUUUGCCUCGGAGCAAGACUGUAUGAGCAGCUGCCAGCCUCUCCACGGGCCCCGUCAUCCCCAGCCUGGGGCCUCUGGCCAGAGCACCCACACAGAUGGUGGCGGUAGCAGUGGCAGUCCUGCAGGCCAGCAGGAACCCAGCCAGCACAGGACAGGGACUGCAGUGCAGAGAAAGCCCUGGCCUUCUGGUGGUCUCUGGCGGCAAGACCAAAAGCCUGGGCCAGGGGAGGUCCCCCCCAGGCAGGCCUUUGGAGAAUGGCCUCGGGAGCAGGAGCUUGAGACCAGAGUCCCUGGACUGGGCGGAGAUGCCGGAUGGCCAGUGCCACACUUCCAUAGCUCCUCCUACAGGAUUAGCUUGGCGGGUAGAGAGCCCUCCUUGGUGCAGGCGGCUCUGGGACAGUUGGUGCGGCUCUCCUGCCCAGACAACACUGCCCCAGAAUUCCAGGCUGCCUGGCAGAAAGAGGGCCAGCCCAUCUCCUCUGACAGGCACAGGCUGCAACCUGACGGCUCCCUGAUCAUCCACCCCCUGCAGGCAGAGGACUCGGGCACCUACAGCUGUGGCAGCACCCGGCCAGGUCACAACUCGAAGAAGAUCCAGCUUCACAUCAUAGGGGGUGACAUGGCCGUGCUGUCUGAGGCUGAGUUGAGCCGCUUCUCUCAGCCCAGGAAUCCACCUCAGGACUUCAGCCAAGGUGGCGCUGCUGGGGUCCUGGGGGUCAUCCCCUCCUCACACCCACAGCCUGCACACUGGCUGCGUUUGGACCAGAACCAGCCCCAGGUGGUGGACACGAGUCCAGGCCAGCAGAUCCGGCUGACCUGCCGCGCCGAAGGCUUCCCACCCCCAGCCAUUGAGUGGCAGAGAGAUGGGCACCCUGUCACUUCUCCCAGACACCAGCUGCAGCCUGAUGGCUCCCUGUCCAUCAGCCACGUGGCUGUAGAAGACAGCGGCUUUUAUACCUGUGUCGCUUUCAACGGGCAGGACCGAGACCAGCGAUGGGUCCAGCUCAGAGUUCUGGGGGAGCUGACAAUCUCAGGAAUGCCCCCUACUGUGACAGUGCCUGAAGGUGACACUGCCAGGCUGUUGUGUGUGGUAGCAGGAGAAAGUGUGAACAUCAGGUGGUCCAGGAAUGGGCUACCUGUGCAAGCUGAUGGCCAUCGUGUCCACCAGUCCCCAGAUGGCACACUGCUGAUUUACAACUUGCGGGCCAAGGAUGAGGGCUCCUACACAUGCAGCGCCUACCGGGGGAGCCAGGCAGUCAGCCACAGCACCGAGGUGAAGGUGGUCUCACCAGCACCCACUGCCCAGCCCAGGGACCCUGGGAGGGAAUGCAUCGACCAGCCAGAGCUGGCCAACUGUGAUUUGAUCCUGCAGGCCCAGCUCUGUGGCAAUGAGUAUUACUCCAGCUUCUGCUGUGCCAGCUGUUCCCGUUUCCAGCCUCACGCUCAGCCCAUCUGGCAGUAGGGAUGAAGGCCAGCUCCAGCCCCAAUCCAAAAUAGUUCACAGGGCUGGGGAGAAAGGAAGAUGGACUCUUGGCUUCCUCUCUGGCUGGCAAACAAGACUUAUCAUCUGGAAUACAUUAGCCCUUUCAAAAACCUACCCAGUGUUUAGCCUGAACAGCAGCAAGUGCCAGCUUCCCUCUGUAGCUUUCAGCAGUGUUUGCAUCUCUGACAUCAACAUAGGCUGCUGUUGUCUAGAAAAGCAAUCUGUUUGAUUAAGAACAACCUUUACUUUUUACAGGUUUCCUUUAUAAUUUCUGUUAGAUAGGACUAGUCUAAUGCAUUUUUUUUUUUUUUUUUUUUUUUGAGACAGAGUUUCACUCUUGCUGCCCAGGCUGGAGUGCAAUGGUGUCAUCUUGCCUCACUGUUAACGUCUGCCUGCCAGGGUCAGGUGAUUCUCCUGUGUCAGCUUCUCAAGUAGGUGGGAUUACAGAUGCCCCACCAGCACACCUGGCUAAUUUUAUAUUUUUAGUAGAGUUGGGGUUUCACCAUGUUGGCCAGGCUGGUCUCAAGCUCCUGACUUCAGGUGAUCUGCCCGCCUUGGCCUCCCAAAGCGCUGGGAUUAUAGGUGUGAGCCACCACGUUCGGUUCAGCCAUGAAUGUGUUUUUUUCCCCGAGACUGAGUUUUGCUCCUGUUGCCCAGGCUGGAGUACAAUGGCGCAAUCUCGGCUCACUGCAACCUCUGCCUCCCAGGUUCAAGUGAUUCUCCUGCCUCAGCCUCCUGCGUAGCUGGGACUACAGGCAUGCGCCACCACACAUGGCUAAUUUUGUAUUUUUAGUAGACAUGGGGAUUCUCCAUGUUGGUCAGGCUGGUCACAAACUCCUGACCUCAGGUGAUCCGCCUGCCUUGGCCUCCCAAAAUGCUGGGAUUACAGGCAUGAGCUCCCAUGCCUGGCCCAUCAAUGGUGUUUUAAAACUAGCUAUCAGGGCUCCACUUGAUUUAAAGCUGGGCAGGGACAUGUGUAAUGAUUUCAAAGUUAACACCCAUUUUAUAAGGGCAAUGCCAACUCCUGCUGUAUCAGGAAAGUAUUCUGUGCUAGAACCAACCAUAGUUCAUUGUUCUAGUCUCUUUCACCCUUCUAGGCAGUGCUGCAAUCAGCUCUAAAUCCAGUGCAGAAGGUUAACAGCAUAACCCUUGUUGGCAAAAUGGAAUAGAUGUAAGACCUCAAAUAGCGAUUUGGGAUGAAACAGCUGCAGGUAGCACUGCUACCAGAGCAUGAAAGAACUGGAAAAGCUCCUUACAUCAUCGAGAAUGUUGGACCUUGAAGGACGCAAAGCUGGCUGUGAAGGUUCAUCCGACACCUGUAUAAAGCUGACCAGCCUGCUCUGUACAGUGACCAUGAAGAGCCCCUCUCUUCCUUAAGUAGGAAUCUGAAGAAAAAUUCUUGCUGCCAGAGAAAAAUCAGACUGUUAUUAAAAACAGCAUUAGCAGGAUGGAGAUACCAAUGGGGAAGGGUUGUGGGCAAUGUAGUAACAGGGAAAUGGUUUCAGAAAUGGCUCGAGUUGGAAGACAUUCUUCAUCUCUCAGAACCUCUAAUUCUUUUUGCUAAAACAAGAGGCAUGAAUUCUAUGAGCUUCCAAGUCCCUUUCCACUUUAACCUUCUACAAAUCUUCCAGAGGACUGCCUAGUAGCAAAGGUUAUUCCUGGACACAGGAAAGACAGGCAUUAUAGGGACCAAAGCUCUGAAAGGUGACUUUUAUUACCAACACACUGGAUGGAAAAGGGACAAACCACAUCAUGGGUGAGUGAUGCUUCUCAGUCUGCUAUUCAUUCAACAAAAGGAAACGUAGGCUGGGGCAGAGGUCUUUUUUAAGCUAAUAGUGGAAAAAUACUGAAGAGCAUCCACGUUCACUUACCAUGGCUGAUUUUGCCAUAGAAAUUGGAAAAUAAAGGCCACUUUCUUGGAGUUCCCAGUUUAAUUAAAUCAGAAUUUGGCCUAUUGGUAUAAACACAUCACAAGGUAAGUUUGAGGUUAACUAGCAGCUAACUAGCUCUAAUAACAGAAUCAGUCACAAAAUAGUGGGCUAAGAUUAGAGGUAUAACUCAUUCUAGGCCAGUGGGUCACAACUUUUUACCACACUGUGAGUUUAAAAAAAACACUGAAACCCCGUCUCUACUAAAAA